UCAUGCUGCUGCCAGGUCCACAGUGUCUCAUGGGUCCCUGUACGGUCUCCCAUUGCUGCUGUCUCCAUCGCCACACUCUGCCAUGUGCCACUUUCAGGUCUCCUCACACACUGCUGGGUUCCAUUUUGUCAUAGGGUGCUGGCAGAUUACGGGCCUCCCAUUGCUGCUGCCAGGCCUUAAUCUGCCAUGGGCCCCUGUACCGCCUCCUCAUGCUGCUGCCAGGUCCACAGUGUCUCAUGGGUCCCUGAACCGCCUCCCAUUGCUGCUGUCUCCAUCGCCACACUCUGCCAUGUGCCACUUUCAGGUCUCCUCACACACUGCUGGUGUGUUCCAUUUUUUG